GGGAGCGGCUCCGGCCUCGGCAGGAGACUGAGGCGAAGGCUGCGGCGGCGGCGGCGGCCGAAGCCGAAGCCGAAGAGGAGGAGAAGCGAGGGUGGUGGCGAAGGCGAUGGCAGCGCGGGGCACAUGAGGCGGCGGCCGGCGGGACGGGCUGAGGCCCGGCGGAGGAGGCGGCUCCGGGGGAUCCCGCCGCCCGAGGGAAUCUGGAAAAGUUGUAAGCAAGACAUCAUUUCUGUAAGAAAAUUUUGGAUAGCAGAAGUUCCGGACAACAGGGCGCGCCAGUUCCGGCACCAUGAGCUGGAGCUUCCUGACUCGCCUGCUCGAGGAGAUUCACAACCACUCCACGUUUGUGGGGAAGAUCUGGCUCACUGUCCUGAUCGUCUUCCGGAUCGUCCUCACAGCCGUGGGCGGGGAGUCCAUCUACUACGACGAGCAAAGCAAGUUCGUGUGCAACACGGAGCAGCCGGGCUGCGAGAAUGUCUGCUACGACGCCUUCGCGCCUCUCUCCCACGUGCGCUUCUGGGUGUUCCAGAUCAUCCUGGUGGCGACCCCCUCGGUGAUGUACCUGGGCUACGCCAUUCAUAAGAUCGCCAAGAUGGAGCAUGGUGAAGCGGACAAGAAGGCGGCCCGGAGCAAACCCUACGCGAUGCGUUGGAAGCAGCACCGGGCUCUGGAAGAGACAGAAGAGGACCACGAAGAGGAUCCCAUGAUGUACCCGGAAAUGGAGUUAGAAAGUGAGAAAGAAAAUAAAGAGCAGAACCAGCCUAAACCCAAGCAUGAUGGCCGACGGCGAAUCCGGGAGGACGGCCUCAUGAAGAUCUACGUGCUGCAGCUGCUGGCGAGGACCGUGUUUGAGGUGGGCUUUCUGAUAGGGCAGUAUUUUCUCUAUGGCUUCCAAGUCCACCCGUCUUACGUGUGCAGCAGAGUCCCUUGCCCUCACAAGAUAGACUGCUUUAUCUCCAGACCCACUGAAAAGACCAUCUUCCUUCUGAUAAUGUACGGUGUUACAGGCCUUUGCCUGUUGCUUAACAUUUGGGAGAUGCUUCAUUUGGGAUUUGGGACCAUCCGAGACUCACUACACAGUAAAAGGAGGGAACUGGAAGACCCGGGUGUUUAUAAUUACCCUUUCACUUGGAAUACGCCAUCUGCUCCCCCUGGCUAUAACAUUGCUGUCAAACCGGAUCAGAUCCAGUACACCGAACUGUCCAACGCUAAGAUCGCCUACAAGCAAAACAAAGCCAACAUCGCCCAGGAACAACAGUACGGCAGCCAUGAGGAGCAGCUCCCAGCGGACCUGGAGACUCUGCAGCGGGAGAUCAGAAUGGCUCAGGAACGCCUGGACCUAGCGAUCCAGGCCUACAGCCACCAAAACAACCCCCACGUUGCCCGGGAAAAAAAAGCCAAAGCGGGGUCUAAAGCCGGGUCCAACAAAAGCAGCGCAAGUAGCAAAUCAGGGAAUGGGAAGACCUCCGUCUGGAUUUAAUCUUGGCUGGGCUUGAAACUUGUGCUUUUCAUAGUUGAUAGUAAGCAGCGGCUCACUGAAUAAUGACUUCCAUUGAGUAAACAUUUGGCUCCGGUCAUCUUCAGGGAUGCUGUUGGCUUGUGGCGCGAGCUCAGGGGACUCUGAAGGCAGGGCUGGGCCGGGGGAAAGAAGGGAAGCAUAGUGCUCCUGGGCGCGUGUUCCAGGCGCGUUCCGGCAAUAACACGGUGACAGAACUUCACCUCUGUGUCUUCCAGAUCCGGAAAGGAACAGAUAUAUUUAAAUCAUUCUUGUUGAACGGUUUUUGUAUGUACAGUAUUACGGUAUUUUUUUUUUUUAGUAUGAGAACUUUUUUUUGUACGUGUACAUUGGACCACUGUAGUUAUACCUUUUAUAUUAAAGGGGAAAAAAAUCCCAAGGUAAUGCCUAUUAGGCCAGUGUUCUUACUUUGUUCAACAAAUUCUACUCUGGGUUUCAAGUUUUAGCAGAUGCUACACCUGAUGGAAAGUGCCUCUUGUGUUGCAGGGAUGGUUUCAAAUACGUGAGGAGGAGAAACUCAGUUUCCAGUCUCAGAAAGUAAAUCCACAGUAGGGGGUUGAGACCUUGCCUUCUUUACUUGAGGAAUCUUUGCAUCUCAUUCAUGUGCCCAGAGUUGUAUCGGGUCUUUGAAAACCUGUUUGUAUUUUCAAAGGAGACAAAUUCUUCACUGAGGAUUUCCUUUAAAUAUCAAGCAUUGCCAGUACCUGUUUUGAUGGUGUGUGUAUAAUUUAAGUGUUAUAGCAAUGUGGAGACCUUGUUUAGAAUUAUUAAGAUUCCUCUAUCACAAAGCAAAGCCACGCUUGGAAAAUGAGCCGUGAUGGGAUGUUUAGUCGUGGACCUGCUUGAUCUGCCUUAAAUCUCUAUCCGGAAGAAACCUGCAUCUCUCUAGUUUCUUAAGAAACUGGCGAUGGUAUUUCCUUUAUACGUUAAUGUUAGAAAUACAAACAUUUCAGCCCUGGCUGGCAUAGCUCAGUGGCUUGAGCGCAGGCUGCGAACCAAAGUGUCGCAGGUUCGAUUCCCAGUCAGGCCACAUACCUGGGUUGCAGACCACGGCCCCCAGCA